UCCGGGUCUCUGCCUCAGCCACCAUCAGCAAGCCGGGCCACACUGGCCAGUUGGCAUCGGGGCCAGGACUGGUCGCUUGGACAUCUAUGGCUGCCGCUGUCCAAUCACAGCCAUGGGGGUCACUGGGAGGACGGCGUGGGACCGUGGCCUUUGGACCAGCCGUUGGGAUCAGAGCUGGAUAAAUCACGUCCCGUCAGCGCUCACUUCACGAAGGGGUCCCAAGCCAAAGGCAGUGGGUUCCCAGGGCCUGAUCCCUCUUCGCCUCUGCUGCCAGCGUACCCAGCUCAGUCUUCGGCCGACAGCGCUGUCACAGUCCCGGAGCGCGGCGACAUGCCGGAGCUGGUGGUGACUGCGCUGCUGGCGCCGUCGCGUGUCUCGCUGAGGCUGCUGCGCUUCUUUAUGUGGAUCUUGGUGUACUCGGCGGCACUACUGGCUGCCGCUGUCUACGGUUGCAUUGCGCUCACGCACGUGCUAUGCAGACCCCGGCGUGGCUGCUUGGGGCGUCCCCGGUACGCGGCUCCUGCCUGCCUGGUAGACCCCACACUGGGUGAGCACGGCUUCCUGAACCUCAAGAGCUCAGGCCUGCACCUGCACUUGGUCUCUGCUGGUCGUGGCAAUGGGCCCCUCAUGCUGUUUCUCCACGGCUUCCCUCAGAACUGGUUUUCCUGGCGCUACCAGCUUCGAGAGUUCCAGAGCCACUUCCAUGUUGUGGCUGUGAACCUGCGUGGCUAUAUCCCUUCAGCAGCUCCAAAGGAUGUGGACUGCUACACAACUGAUCUGCUGAUGGCUGACAUCCAGGAUAUCAUCCUGGGCCUGGGUUACUCCAAGUGUAUCCUUGUGGCCCAUGAUUGGGGCGCUGUGCUCGCCUGGAAUUUCUCCAUCUAUUUUCCAUCUCUUGUUGAGCGGAUGGUAGUGGUCAGUGCUCCCCCCACGUCGGUAUUCCAAGACUACUGUAUUCGUCACAUCGGCCAAUUCUUCAAAGUGAACUACAUGUUCCUGUUCCAGCUUCCCAGGCUGCCAGAGAGGUUGCUCUCCAUGUCUGACUUUCAGAUCCUGAAGAGCUCCCUCACUGGUCGCAAGACGGGCAUCCCACACCUGGCCCCAUGUGAACUCGAGGCCUUUCUUCAUGGCUUCUCUCAGCCUGGUGGCCUCACUGGGCCCAUCAACUACUACCGAAACAUCUUCAGGAACAUCCCCCUGGAGCCCCAGGAGCUGGCUGUGCCUACAUUGCUGCUGUGGGGAGAGAAAGACCCCUACUUCCAGGUGGGGUUGGUGAGGGCCAUUGAGAGCCGCUUUGUGCCGGGCCGGCUGGAGACUCACAUCCUGCCAGAUGCAGGACACUACAUCCCCCAGAGCCACCCCCGAGAGAUGCACCAGUACAUGUGGGCCUUUUUGAAAGACCUGCUGGACUAGCGGCCCUUGCUCACCUGCCUACCCCCUGUAUGUAGGUACACAGACACUCAGGAGAACACAUCUGCCAUCUGAACACGCGUGGGGUGGACACCUGGCUCACACAGAAGUGAGUGAGGCACCACAGCCCCUGUGCUCACACCCAUGCAUGGCUGCGUGUGUGCGUGCACUCGGACCAAAGAACUGGCUGUGCUGCUCCUUCGUGGAGCCACAUGCUUAGGCUGAGCGUCUUACCUGUCCCUGCCGCAGUUGGCCUCCUGAGGCUGCGCGAACCAUAAACUCUGAUCUUCUUGUCUCUGGCUUCUCUGUCUUGAGGCCAGGUCUUAGGUCUUCAUUACUAAAUCCAAUACAGCAGUGUUCGCCACAUGUGAGUACUUCCACUUACAUGUGAAUUCCUCCAAAUGAAAUCCAAUGAAAAAAA